AAUUAUUUAGUGAGAUUUUAAUAAUCUUAAUUUUAUGAUAAGUAGUACGCUAGUCGAGUAAUUAAUUUCUUUGCUUGCUAUAUUAAGAUGUUACAAAUCUUUAUUCAACAAAAAUUUUGCUUACAGCAUCAGUUCUUGCGCUAAACAGAUGUGAUUAAAAACUUAUAUUGAUACGGAUUAAAUUGAUAUAAUGUACAUAAAAAAUUAUAUUUUUUUGAAAAGUGUCAAUCUAAAGAACAUAUAGGUAAUCGAAUCAUGUAUUGUAAUAUUGUAGAGAAUGUUCUCAAAGAGGAUGAACCCCAAGAAGGUAGAGCAAAGCGAAGUAUUCUUUUCAAUUGUCGAGAGUAUUUAGCUACCCAUCAGGAAUCUUACGGCACACCACGUACCGAAUAUUCCUUCGCUGCUUUGAUCGUAGUAAUGGCUCAGGCUACGGUACGAUCUCUGUUGGCACUGAUAUACGUGAUCGUUAAUAUCGUUCCCGUUAUCCAGAUGUUUUCCUUCAUAUUGAGAUUCGUAUUGGAUAAGAUAAUCGAUAUUCGCAGGACUAAGAAUGUUCAGCAAAUAACUGUGAAACUCACGAUUUUCGUCGUACAACUACUCAGCGUGUACGUUUGCCUUAUAUUUAUAUUUGGCUUCAUCGUUUUGCCGAUCAUACAAAUGGCAAUUGCUAUUGUAACUAAAUUCGUAGUGCGCAAUUAAAUUUCAGCAUUGUAAAAUGCGAAUAAAAUCAUGACGGCGCUAUCGUUACAAAAAUUUUUAAAUCUUUCUUUGUACAAAUUUUCGAGCAUGCACGAUAAUUUAUAAUAUAGUUAAUAAUUUCUUUGUGACACCUGUCUGGUAUGAUAAAAUUCGCAAAUUAGUUUGAGAAUAUUGAAUAGAAGGCAACCCAGGAAACAAUCU